AUGUUGUUGGCAGUGUGUACAGACUACACGAGGCUGCAGUGUGUACAGACACCACGAGGCAGCUGUGUACAGACACCACGAGGCUGCAUUGUGUACAGACACCACGAGGCAGCUGUGUACAGACACCACGAGGAAGCUGUGUACACACACGAGGAGGCAGCUGUGUAUAGACAUUACGAGGCAGCUGUGUACAGACACCACGAGGCAGCUGUGUACAGACACCACGAGGCACCUGUGUACAGACAUCACGAGGAAGCUGUGUACAGACACGAGGAGGCAGCUGUGUACAGACAUUACGAGGCAGCUGUGUACAGACACCACGAGGAAGCUGUGUACAGACACGAGGAGGCAGCUGUGUACAGACAUUACGAGGCAGCUGUGUAUAGACAUUACGAGGCAGCUGUGUACAGACAUUACGAGGCAGCUGUACACGAGGAGGCAGCGGUGUACAGACAUUACGAGGCAGCUGUGUACAGACACCACGAGGAAGCUGUGUACAGACACGAGGAGGCAGCUGUGUAUAGACAUAACGAGGCAGCUGUGUACAGACACCACGAGGCAGCUGUGUACAGACACCACGAGGCACCUGUGUACAGACAUCACGAGGAAGCUGUGUACAGACACGAGGAGGCAGCUGUGUACAGACAUUACGAGGCAGCUGUGUACAGACACCACGAGGAAGCUGUGUACAGACACGAGGAGGCAGCUGUGUACAGACAUUACGAGGCAGCUGUGUAUAGACAUUACGAGGCAGCUGUGUACAGACAUUACGAGGCAGCUGUGUACAGACACCAAGAGGCAGCUGUGUAUAGACACCACGAGGCUGCAUUGUGUACAGACACCACGAGGCAGCUGUGUACAGACACCACGGGGAAGCUGUGUACAGACACGAGGAGGCAGCUGUGUACUGACAUUACGAGGCAGCUGUGUACAGACACCACGAGGCAGCUGUGUACAGACACGAGGAGGCAGCUGUUUACAGACAUUACGAGGCAGCUGUGUAUAGACAUUACGAGGCAGCUGUCUGUGUACAGACACCACGAGGAAGCUGUGUACAGACACCACGAGGCAGCUGUGUAUAGACAUUACGAGGAAGCUGUGUACAGACACCACGAGGCAGCUGUGUACAGACACCACGAGGCCGCUGUGUACAGACAUCACGAGGAAGCUGUGUACAGACACGAGGAGGCAGCUGUGUACAGACAUUACGAGGAAGCUGUGUACAGACACCACGAGGAAGCUGUGUACAGACACGAGGAGGCAGCUGUGUACAGACAUUACGAGGCAGCUGUGUACAGACACCACGAGGCAGCUGUGUACAGACUCUACGAGGAAGCUGUGUACAGACAUUACGAGGCAGCAGUGUACAGAUACCACGAGGCAGCUGUGUACAGACACUACGAGGAAGCAGUGUACAGACACUACGAGGAAGCUGUGUACAGACACGAGGAGGCAGCUGUGUACAGACAUUAUGAGGCAGCUGUGUAUAGACAUUACGAGGCAGCUGUGUACAGACACCACGAGGCAGCUGUGUACAGACUCUACGAGGAAGCUGUGUACAGACAUUACGAGGCAGCUGUGUACAGACAUUACGGGGCAGCUGUUGUGUACAGACACCACGAGGAAGCUGUGUACAGACACGAGGAGGCAGCUGUGUACAGACAUUACGAGGCAGCUGUGUACAGACAUUACGAGGAUGCUGUGUACAGACACGAGGAGGCAGCUGUGUACAGACAUUACGAGGCAGCUGUGUAUAGACAUUACGAGGCAGCUGUGUACAGACACCACGAGGCAGCUGUGUACAGACACCACGAGGCAGCUGUGUAUAGACACUACGAGGCAGCUGUGUACAGACAUUACGAGGAAGCUGUGUACAGACACCACGAGGCAGCUGUGUAUAGACACCACGAGGAAGCUGUGUACAGACACUACGAGGAAGCUGUGUACAGACAUCACGAGGCAGCUGUGUACAGACACCACGAGGCAGCUGUGUAUAGACACCACGAGGAAGCCGUGUACAGACACUACGAGGAAGCUGUGUACAGACACCACGAGGCAGCUGUGUACAGACACCACGAGGAAGCUGUGUACAGACACUACGAGGAAGCUGUGUACAGACACUACGAGGCAGCUGUGUACAGACAUUACGAGGCAGCUGUGUACAGACACCACGAGGCAGCUGUGUACAGACACCACGAGGAAGCUGUGUACAGGCAUUACGAAGAAGCUGUGUACAGACAUUACGAGGCAGCAGUACACUACAAUGAAGCAGUGUACAGACACCACGAGGAAGCUGUGUACAGACACUACGAGGAAGCUGUGUACAGACAUUACGAGGCAGCAGUGUACAAACACCACGAGGCACCUGUGUACAGACACUACGAGGAAUCUGUGUACAGACACCACGAGGAAGCUGUGUACAGACACUACGAGGAAGCUGUGUACAAACAUAACGAGGCAGCUGUGUACAGACAUUACGAGGCAGCAGUGUACAAACACCACGAGGCAGCUGUGUACAGACACUACGAGGAAGCUGUGUACAGACAUUACGAGGCAGCAGUGUACAAACACCACGAGGCAGCUGUGUACAGACACUACGAGGAAUCUGUGUACAGACACCACGAGGAAGCUGUGUACAGACACUACGAGGAAGCUGUGUACAAACAUAACGAGACAGCUGUGUACAGACACCACGAGGCAGCUGUGUACAGACACCACGAGGCAGCUGUGUACAGACAUCACGCGGCAGUUGUGUACAGACACCACGAGGAAGCUGUGUACAGACACCACGAGGCAGCUGUGUACAGUCACCACGAGGCAGCCGUGUACAGACAUCACGAGGCAGCUGUGUACAGACAACACGAGGCAGCUGUGUACAGACACCACGAGGCAGCUGUGUACAGACAUCACGCGGUAGUUGUGUACAGACACCACGAGGCAGCUGUGUACAGACACCACGAGGCAGGUGUGUACAGACAUCACGAUGCAGCUGUGUACAGACACUAG